AUGGAAGUUCAGCAGUUGUUGUUCUUUGGUAUGGAUAAUGAUCCGUCAAGGUGUGGCUUUAUCAGUUCCUUGUCGCAUCCACUAAAAUGCUAUGAUUCAAAUCAAUUGAAUCCAUGUUUUAUCUCGUCAAUAUCCAUUAUUGCAGCAUUUUUGUUUGGUGUAACUGCCACUUUACAGUUUAUCGAAUUCAGAUUCUUUAACCAUUACGGUCCUUUUAAGAUCAAAUAUGCUUUCGGUAAGGUUUUGGGUUUAAAGAGUGUUGGAAUAUACCAACUCAUGAAAAUCGGCAUCAUUUGUCUAUAUGGGUUGAAUUUGGCUCUCAACGCCACAGUAUUCAAUAAAUUGAAUGGUGGGGUUGAGUCAAGCUUGCUGAAGGAAAACAAAAUGUUUGAAAUAGCAAAUGUCGUUGAUGUCAUAGUUUUGGUAUUCAUCAUUUUUCCAUUUCAACUUGUGGAACCAACUAGGAGUGUUGUGUCGCUUGCUUCCUUGUCUCUCUAUUGGCUUUAUAGAAUAAUCAUUACAGGGAUUGUAUUAUUGCAAGACUUAGCUAGUUACGGUAAUGAAAAAGGUAAUGGUAACGGUAAUGAUGGGAGCAGUGCCCUCAUCAUUACUCAAGAUGUGUUUCUCUUUAUGUGUCCAUUAGUAAUAUUUGUGCUUGAAACGUUUUUUUACAGACCAAGUACAGAAUUAAAACAGUACUAUGAAUUGAACGAUUGGGAUGUAGCAACUGUGCGCAACAUGUGGUCAGAGGUAACAUUUAUAUGGUUGGACCCGCUAAUUAAAAAGAUUUACCAGACCCAAGCUAUUGAAGUUGACGAAAUACCUAAAUUGCACGUGGAGCAGCAAUGUCCAUACACAUAUGAUGAAGUCAGAAGAAGGUGGGACUUGGGCAAUCAUUCAUUGUUCAAAAUAUAUUGCCAAAAUCAUGGCUGGAAAAUUGUAAAGAUUGUGGUGAUGGAUUUCAUAUCUGUUGCUUGUAACUUGACGCAGGCAUUCAUGUUGAAACAAUUCAUUACAUAUAUGGGACAGGCACAAUCAGAAAAACGGCCUGUGAUUAUUGGCUUGUCCAUUGCAACUGCUAUGUUUUUAUGUUCGGUUGGUAAAUAUACCUCUGGUAACCAACUUGCAGCUACCCAUUUCAAGAUACGGACCCAGGUGUAUUCUGCCUUGGGAACUUUUGUAUACCGAAAGGGAAUUUCGCUCUCUGGCGAAGCAAGAAUGCAUAAAAACUCUGGUGAAAUAAUCAAUAAUUUAGCUGUGGAUGUAUUAAAGUUGGCUCAAUUGGCUCAAUUUGCACCCAACUUAACUUUUCCCAUUAGAAUCGUGAUCACUUUGGUCGCUAUUUACCACUUACUAGGUGUUGCUACUCUAUUUGGCUUCAUUACUGCCUUGAUCCUUGUUCCAUUGAGCAGCAAAGUAAGUUCAUCAAUAUCGCGAUUGGUCAAGAAGAAUAUGGGUAUCCGGGAUGAACGUAUUAAGCUAACAUCAGAAAUAUUGCAAUCAAUCAAGAGUGUCAAAUUGUAUGCAUGGGAGCAGCCAAUGUUGCAAAGGUUAUUUCACAUAAGAAAUGAUAAAGAGUUGAAGAUGGCACAGAAAGUUGGCGUGUUUAACUCUGUCUCAAUGUUUUUAUGGAACACAAUCCCUUUUGCAAUUGCAAUUUCGUGUUUAAUUGCAUUUGUAAAGCUUACGGAUUUGGUGUUGGUGCCCUCGAUAAUUUUUCCAGCAUUAUCUUUAUUUGACUUGUUAACGGAUCCAAUAAUGACUUUACCUGAUGCUAUAGUUGCUGCUGUUGAAGCCAGAGUAUCGUUUAAAAGGUUGAACGAUUUCUUUCUGCUUCCUGAAACAGACUCUCAAGUUGAAAAAUUGAACACACUGAUUAGAACCAUGAGCGAAGUCGAAGUCGAAGGCGAUGGAGAUAUCACUGUUUACAUAAAAGAUGCAACUUAUAACUGGACAGCUGAUCAGGUUGCCUUGUCCAAUGUAAAUUUUAAAGCCAAAAAGGGACAAUUAACGUCAAUCGUGGGGAAGGUGGGCACUGGGAAAUCUGCAUUGUUAAAGGCACUUUUAGGAGAUGUACAACAACUGCAUGGAAUUACUUGUGUCAGCGGAAGAAUCGCUUAUUGCGCACAGAGUCCGUGGAUCCAAAAUGCAACGGUGAAGGAAAACAUCUUGUUUGGAUGCAAAUUGAAUCAAGAGUAUUAUGCUCGAGUAGUUAAAGCAUGUCAGUUAACUAUGGAUUUUGACAUCUUACCAGAUGGAGAUGAGACUGUGGUUGGCGAAAAAGGAAUCUCGCUUAGUGGAGGUCAAAAAGCGCGUGUUUCGUUAGCGAGGGCUGUCUAUUCACAAGCUGAUGUAUACUUGUUGGAUGAUGUGCUCUCUGCAGUUGAUGCACAUGUCGGUCAGAGCAUUAUACGUGAAGUACUUGGAUCAAAGGGACUUUUGGCCAGCAAGACUACAAUUUUAGCAACCAAUGCAAUUAAGGUGCUCAAAUAUUCCAAUAACAUUUACUUGGUAAAGGACAAAACAGUUUUUGAAGAAGGUGAUUUCCAAACGGCCCAGUUGAAAGAUCUGAACAUUACCGAAUUGAUUAAAGAUCAUGUGAACGAUGGAGGAGAAGAAGGAGAAGAGGAAGAGGAAGAGGAAGAGGAAACAACAGUAGGAGGAAAAGGGGUUGAGCUUGAGAACGAGAGACAAGAAUCUCAAGGUAAUCACCAAAAGAAUAAUGAUGCAAGCACAAGCAAAGGUCUGCAGAAAAUUGCCAAACAGAACGAGCGCAAGACGGCACAAAAGAAAGAAGCACUGGCUAAGGGAACAGUUAAACUUAGUGUUUACUUGGAUUUUUUCAAGGCUUGCAAUUUUCCCAUGAUAAUCUUAUAUGUUUUUAUUUAUGGAGGUAAUGUUUUUUGCACUAUUGCAGCCAAUUACAUUUUGAAAUAUUGGUCACAACAGAACUUGGAACAGAACAAAAAUGUCUCUAUCAAAUUUUACCUCACUCUAUAUGCAAUUGCUGGAAUCAGUGGUGCAGCUUGCAUGCUUACAGCAGCAUUGAUUAUGUGGUGUUAUUGUAUCUUGAAUGGAGCAAGGUAUUUCCAUGAUAAAAUGGCGAGAGCCGUGUUGCGUUCUCCAAUGCAGUUUUUUGAAACGACACCGAUUGGAAGAAUAUUAAACCGGUUUUCUGACGAUAUGAAUGUUGUUGACCAACAACUUAUUUGGUCGAUUUUGGCUGUUGUUGAUUAUGGAUUGUUGACCGUGGGUUUGUUAUCAGUGGUGAUUUUCAAUCUUCCUAUUAUGGGAAUAGUGGUUUUCAUCUUUGCCUUUGUCUUUAACGCUGUAAGGGCAUAUUUCAUCUCCUCAGCAAGAGAAUUAAAGAGGCUUCUCUCGGCUUCGAGGUCACCUAUAUUUUCCCACUUGCUGGAAUCUGUGGCUGGCGUAGAAACAAUUAAGGCAUUUGACCAAUUGAAACGAUUUGAAGACACAAAUAAUAAGUUAACAGGAAACUUUAUCAAAGUGCAGUUUACAAUGCUAUGCUGUGCUAGGUGGUUGUCUAUGAGGUUACAAACCAUAUCUGCAUUUAUUGUAUACACUUCAUCCUUGUUUAUUUUGUCUACCAUUGGAACCAAACACCAAAUUAAUCCUGGAAUGGCCGGAUUUAUAUUGAUUAAUGCCUUGAGCAUAACCGGUGGGAUGAACGUUAUUGUUAGGGGAUGGGCUGAUAUCGAAGCUAAGUCUGUUUCUGUGGAAAGAGUUAUCGAGUAUUGCAACUUGAUACCCGAAGCUCCAGAAAUUGUUGCAGAAUACAGACCUCCAGCAAAAAGUUGGCCAGCAAACGGAGCCGUUGAGUUUAAAAACUAUUAUACCAAGUACAGAGAUAAUUUUGAUUAUGUUUUGAAAGACAUUAAUUUGAAUAUUAAACCUGGUGAAAAAAUUGGCGUUGUUGGCAGAACCGGGGCUGGGAAAUCGACUUUGACAAUGGCACUAUUUAGGAUAAUUGAGGCAACCAAUGGAGGUAUCACGAUUGAUUCUAUCAACACCGAAAAAUUGGGGCUUUUUGAUCUUCGAAGCAAUUUGAACAUAAUCCCGCAAGACUCGAGCGUUGUUGAAGGUACCUUGCGUGAAAAUUUGGAUCCCUUGGGUAAACAUGCAGAUGACGAGUUAUGGAGAGUUUUGGAAUUAGCACAUUUAAGGACUCUUGUUGAGCAACUCGUUACAAAGGGCAAGGACGGUGAGAGUGAAUUUAAAGGUUUGGAUGCAAUGGUAUUUGAAGGGGGAUCGAAUUUUUCCACUGGUCAACGUCAACUCUUGUCAUUGGCCAGAGCAUUAUUGAAUACUUCCAAAAUUUUGGUGUUGGACGAGGCAACUGCAUCGAUCGAUGUAGAGACUGAUCAUGUUGUUCAAGAGACCAUUCGAACAGAGUUUAGAGACAAGACGAUAAUCACUAUAGCACAUAGAUUAGAAACCAUCUUGGAUAGUGAUAGAGUCUUGGUUUUGGAUAAGGGUCAAGUAAAGGAAUUUGCUUCGCCAAGGGAUUUGAUGAGUGACAAAAACUCGAUGUUUUAUUCACUUUGUUCACAAGGUGGCAUCAAAACAGGGUGA